GCAGAGGAGGAGAAGAGCGGAGGAGGAGUGGAACGGAGGAGGAGAGGAGCGGAUGAGGAGAGGAGCGGAGGAGGAAAGGAGCGGAGGAGGAGAGGAGCAGAGGAGCAGAGGAUCGGAGGAGGAGAGGAGCGGAGGGGGAGAUGAGCGGAGGAGGACAGGAGUGGAGGAGCAGAGGAGCGUAAGAGCAGAGGAGCGGAGGAGGAGUGGAGCGGAGGAGAGGAGUGGAGGAGGAGAGGAGGGGAGGAUCAGAGGAGCGGAGGAGCAGAGGAUGCAUAGGAGCGGAGGAGCGGUGGAGCAGUGGAGCGGAGGAGGAGAGGAGUGGAGGAGGAGAGGAGCGGCGGAGCAGAGGAGCGGAGGAGGAGAGGAGUGGAGGAGGAUAGGAGUGGAGGAGGAGAGGAGCGGAGGAGGAGAGGAGCGGAGGAGCAGAGGAGCGGAGGAGCAGACGAGCGGAGGAGGAGAGGAGCAGAGGAGGAGAAGAGCGGAGGAGGAGUGGAGCGGAGGAGGAGAGGAGCAGAGGAGCAGAGGAUCGGAGGAGGAGAGGAGCGGAGGGGGAGAUGAGCGGAGGAGGACAGGAGUGGAGGAGCAGAGGAGCGUAAGAGCAGAGGAGCGGAGGAGGAGUGGAGCGGAGGAGAGGAGUGGAGGAGGAGAGGAGGGGAGGAUCAGAGGAGCGGAGGAGCAGAGGAUGCAUAGGAGCGGAGGAGCGGUGGAGCAGUGGAGCGGAGGAGGAGAGGAGUGGAGGAGGAGUGGAGCGGCGGAGCAGAGGAGCGGAGGAGGAGAGGGGCCGAUGAGGAUAGGAGCGGAGGAGGAGAGGAGCGGAGGAGAAGAGGAGCGGAGGAGCAGACAAGCGGAGGAGCAGACGAGCGGAGGAGGAGAAGAGCGGAGGAGGAAGGAGCGGAGGUAUAGAGGAGCAGAGGAGCAGAGGAGCGGAGGAGGAGAGGAGCGACAGGGCAGAGGAGCAGAGGAGGAGAAGAGCAGAGGAGGAGAGGAGCGGAGGAGGAGGGGAGCAGAGGAGGAGAGGAGCCGAGGAGGAGAGGAGCGGAGGACGAGAGGAUCGGAGAAGCUGACGAGUGGAGGGGCAGAGGAGCGGAGGAGGAGAGGAGCGGAGGAGGAGAGGAGCGGAGGAGCAGAGGAGCAGAGGAGCAUAGGAGCGGAGGAGGAGAGGAGCAGAGGAGGAGAGGAGCGGAGGAGCAGAGGAGCGGAGGAGGAGAGGAGCAGAGGAGGAGAGGAGCGGAGGAGGAGGGGAGCGGAGGAGGAGAGGAGCGGAGGAGGAGUGGAACGGAAAAGGAGAGGUGCGGAUGAGGAGAGGAGCGGAGAAGCAAAGGAGCGGAGGAGCAGAGGAGCGGAGGUAAAGAGGAGCAGAGGAGCAGAGGAGCUGAGGAGGAGAGGAGCAGCGGGGCAAGGGAGCAGAGGAGGAGAGGAGCGGAGGAGGAGAGGAGUGGAGGAGCAGAGGAGCGAAGGAGCAGAGAUGCGGAGGAGUAGAGGAGUGCAGGAGCAGAGCAGCGGAGGAGGAGAGGAGCGGAGGAGCAGAGGAGCGCCCGUGCAGAGCAGCAGAAAGGGAGAGGAGCGGAGAAGGAGAGGAGUGGAGGAGGAGAAGAGCGGAGGAGCAGUGGAGCGGAGGAGGAGAGGAGCGGCGGGGCAGUGCAGUGGAAGAGCAGAGGAGUGGAGAAGGAGAGGAGCAGAGGAGGAGAGGAGCCGCGGAGCUGUGGAGCGGAGCUUCAGAGGAGCAGAGGAGAGGAGCGGAGGAGCAGAGGAGUGGAGGAGCAGAGGAGCGGAGGAGCAGAGGAGCAGGGAGCAUUGGAGUAAAGAAGCAGAGGAGCGGAGCAGGAGAGGAGCGAAGGAGGAGAGGAGCGGAGGAGCAGAGGAGCGGGGGACGAGAGGAGCGGUGGGGCAGAGGAGCAGAGGAGGAGAGGAUCGGAGGAGGAGAGGAGCGGAGGAGGAGAGGAGCGGAGGAGGAGAGGAGACAAGGAGGAGAGGAGCAGAGGAGCAGAGGAGCGGAGGAGCAGAGGAGCGGAGGAGCAGAGGAGCAGAGGAGCAGAGGAGCAGAGGAGCAGAUAAGCGGAAGAGCAGAGGAGCAGAGAUGGAGAGAAGCGGAGGAGCAGAGGAGCGGAGAAGCAGAGGAGCGAGGGAGCAGAGGAGCGAAGGAGCAGAAGAGUGGAGGAGAAGAGGAGAAGAGGAGCAGAGGAGCGGAGGACGAGAGGAGCGGCGGGGCAGAGGAGCAGAGGAGGAGAGGAUCGGAGGAGGAGAGGAGCGGAGGAGGAGAGGAGCGGAGGAGCAGUGGAGCGGAGGUGGAGAUGAGAGGAGGAGGAGAGGAGCGGAGGAGAAGAGGAGCGGAGGAGCAGACAAGCGGAGGAGCAGACGAGCGGAGGAGCAGACAAGCGGAGGAGCAGACGAGCGGAGGAGGAGAAGAGCGGAGGAGGAGUGGAACGGAGGAGGACAGGAGCGGAUGAGGAGAGGAGCGGAGGAGGACAGGAGCGGAGGAGCAGAGGAGCGGAGGAGCAGAGGAGCGGAGGAGCAGAGGAGCGGAGGAGGAGAGGAGCGGAGGAGGAGGGGAGCGGAGGAGGAGAGGAGCGGAGGAGGAGUGGAACGGAAAAGGAGAGGUGCGGAUGAGGAGAGGAGCGGAGAAGCAAAGGAGCGGAGGAGCAGAGGAGCGGAGGUAAAGAGGAGCAGAGGAGCAGAGGAGCUGAGGAGGAGAGGAGCAGCGGGGCAAGGGAGCAGAGGAGGAGAGGAGCGGAGGAGGAGAGGAGUGGAGGAGCAGAGGAGCGAAGGAGCAGAGAUGCGGAGGAGUAGAGGAGUGCAGGAGCAGAGCAGCGGAGGAGGAGAGGAGCGGAGGAGCAGAGGAGCGCCCGUGCAGAGCAGCAGAAAGGGAGAGGAUCGGAGAAGGAGAGGAGUGGAGGAGGAGAAGAGCGGAGGAGCAGUGGAGCGGAGGAGGAGAGGAGCGGCGGGGCAGUGCAGUGGAGGAGCAGAGGAGUGGAGAAGGAGAGGAGCAGAGGAGGAGAGGAGCCGCGGAGCUGUGGAGCGGAGCUUCAGAGGAGCAGAGGAGGAGAGGAGCGGAGGAGCAGAGGAGUGGAGGAGCAGAGGAGCGGAGGAGCAGAGGAGCAGGGAGCAUUGGAGUAAAGAAGCAGAGGAGCGGAGCAGGAGAGGAGCGAAGGAGGAGAGGAGCGGAGGAGCAGAGGAGCGGGGGAUGAGAGGAGCGGUGGGGCAGAGGAGCAGAGGAGGAGAGGAUCGGAGGAGGAGAGGAGCGGAGGAGGAGAGGAGCGGAGGAGGAGAGGAGACAAGGAGGAGAGGAGCAGAGGAGCAGAGGAGCGGAGGAGCAGAGGAGCGGGGGAGCAGAGAAGCAGAGGAGCAGAGGAGCAGAGGAGCAGAUAAGCGGAAGAGCAGAGGAGCGGAGAUGGAGAGAAGCGGAGGAGCAGAGGAGCGGAGAAGCAGAGGAGCGAGGGAGCAGAGGAGCGAAGGUGCAGAAGAGUGGAGGAGAAGAGGAGAAGAGGAGCAGAGGAGCGGAGGACGAGAGGAGCGGCGGGGCAGAGGAGCAGAGGAGGAGAGGAUCGGAGGAGGAGAGGAGCGGAGGAGGAGAGGAGCGGAGGAGCAGUGGAGCGGAGGUGGAGAUGAGAGGAGGAGGAGAGGAGCAGAGGAGCAGAUGAGCGGAGGAGCAGAGGAGCAGAGGAGCAGAGGAGCGGAGGAGCAGAGGAGCGGAGGAGCCAAGGAGUGGAGUAUGAGUGGAGCAGAGGAGAGGAGCGGAGGAGGAGAGGUGCAGAGGAGCAGAGGAGCGGAGGAGCAGAGGGGCGGAGGAGCAGAGGAGUGGAGGACGAGAGGAGGAGAGGAGGAGUGCAGCGGAGGAGAGGAACCUAGGAGGAGAGGAGGGGAGGAUCAGAGGAGCGGAGGAGCAGAGGAAACAUUGGAGCAGAGGAGCAGAGGAGUGGAGGAGGAGAGGAGCGGCGGGGCAGAGGAGCGGAGGAGCAGAGGAGCGGAGGAGGAGAGGAGCGGAGGAGGAGAGCGGGGCAGAGGAGCAGAGGAGAGGAGCGGAGAAGGAGAGGAGCGGAGGGGCAGAGGAGCAGAGGAGCAGAGGAUCGGAGGAGCUGACGAGCGGGGGAGCAGAGGAGUGGAGGAGGAGAGGAAUGGAGGAGGAGAGGAUCCGAGGAGCAGAUUAGCGGAGGAGCAGAGGAGCGGAGGAGGAGAGGAGCAGGGGAGGAGAGGAGAGGAGGAGGAGAGGAGUGGAGGAGCAGAGGAGCGAAGGAGGAGAGGAGCGGAAGAGCAGAGGACCGGAGGAGGAGUUGAGCGGAGGAGGAGAGGAGCGGAGGAGGACAGGACCAGAGGAGGAGAGGAGAGGAGGAGGAGAGGAGCAGAGGAGCAGAUGAGCGGAGGAGAAGAGGAGCGGAGGAGGAGUGGAGCGGAGGAGAGGAGCCUAGGAGGAGAGGAGGGGAGGAUCAGAGGAGCGGAGGAGCAGAGGAGGCGGAGGAGUGGAGGUGCAGAGGAGCGGAGGAGGAGAGGAGCGGCGGGGCAGAGGAGCGGAGGAGCAGAGGAGCGGAGGAGGAGAGGAGCGGAGGAGGAGUGGAGCGGCGGGACAGAGGAGCGGAGGAGGAGAGGAUCGGAGGAGAAGAGGAGCGGAGAUGGAGAGAAGCGGAGGACCAGAGGAGCAGAGGAGCAGAGGAGCGGAGGAGGAGAGGAGCGGAGGAGGAGAGGAGCGGAUGAGCAGAGGAGCGGAGAUGGAGAGAAGCGGAGGAGCAGAGGAGCGGAGGAGGAGAGGAGCGGAGGAAGAGACGAGCAAAGGAGCAGAGGAGCGGGGGAGCAGAGGAGCGGAGAAGCAGAGGAGCGGAGGAGGAGAGGAGCGAUGGAGGAGAGGAGCGGAGGAGCAGAGGAGGGGGGGAGCAGAGGAGCGGAGGAGCAGAUGAGUGCUGGAGAAGAGGAGCAGAGGAGCAGAGGAGCAGAGGAGCAGAGGACGAGAGGAGGGGCGGGGCAGAGGAGCAGAGGAGGAGAGGAUUGGAGGAGGAGAGGACCGGAGGAGGAGAGGAGCGGAGGAGCAGAGGAGCGGAGGAGCAGAGGAGCGGAGGUGGAGUGGAGCAGAGGAGCAGAGGAGAGGAGGAGGAGCGGAGCGGAGGAGCAGAGGAGAGGAGGAGAAGAGGAGCGGAGGAGGAGUAGAGCGGAGGAGAGGAGCCUAGGAGGAGUUGAGGGGAGGAUCAGAGGAGCGGAGGAGCAGAGAGGAGCGGAGGAGGAGAGGAGCAGAGGAGGAGAGGAGCGGGGGAGCAGUGGAGCGGAGGAGCAGAGGAACGGAGGAGCAGAGGAGCGGAGGAGGAGAGGAGCGAAGGAGGAGAGGAGUGGAAGAGGAGAGGAGCGGAGAAGGAGGCAAGAGGAGGAGCAGAGGUGCGGAGGAGCAGAGGAGCGGAGGAGGAGAGGAGCGGCGGGGCAGAGGAGCGGAGGAGGAGAGGAGCGGAGGAGGAAAGGAGCGGAGGAGGAGAGGAGCGGAGGAGGAGAGAAGCGGAGGAGGAGAAGAGCGGAUGAGCAGAGGGGCGGAGGAGGAGAGGAGCGGAGGAGAAGAGGAGCACCGGUGCAGAGGAGCAGAGGAGGAGAGGCGCGGAGAAGGAGAGAAGCAGAGGAGCAGAGGAGCGGUGGAGUAGAGGUGCGGUGGAGGAGAGGAGCGACGGGGCAGAGGAGCGGAGGAGCAGAGGAGCGGAGGAGUAGAGGAGCGGAGGAGGAGAGGACCGGGGGAGCAGAGGAGUGGAGGAGCAGAGGAGCGGAGGAGCAGAGGAGCGGAGGAGCAGAGGAGCGGAGGAGGAAGGAGCCAAGGAGCGGAGGAGGAGAGGAGUGGCAGCGCAGAGGAGCGGCGGAACGAAGGGGGACCAUGGGCAGACUGCAGGGGGUUAGGAUGGAGCGUGGAAGGGGAACCUUGGGAAGAUGACAUGGGGAAAGGUGGAUGCCUGGACGGGGGAUUUUGAGCAGUCUGCAGGGUGAACGUAGGGUUACUGGAGUGGGGAUGUGGGCAGAAUGGUCACGAGAGAAUGACGGGGUAGGCAAGUUGGGGGAAGGAGGGAGACAUGGGGAGGAUGGACGCACAAUAUACAGGAGGGGCCAUUGCUUCCUACUGGUGUGUUUGGAGCUUCCCCGCUUGACUGCACUAAGAGCGGUGUUUGUUUUUCUAUAUAUUUGCUGCAGUCAUCAUAUUACAAGUACCAGGGUUGUGGACCUAGCACAUUGUUCGGCAGACCCUGCCAGGUUUAGAAGGUUUGGAGAAGGCACAACCAGGAACACAAGACCUGUUUGCAUAGAUACUCUUGGCAGAAGAGGGCUAGCUGAAACCGUGAGCCACAAGAGUGGCCAGUGGACACACGUGUUGCACGGCCUCAUGGUCAUGUUUACUGUUUUCUUACCCAAGAAACAUCGUAAAACCAU